UUAUUAUGCUUGGCUUAUAUGGCGAACUCACAGAGGUGAUUCUAACCAAUUUUUUUAGCAGGAUUUCGAUAGAUUUAGAUUGAUUUUAGUAGUUUUAAAUAUUUUUCAUUUAUAACUAGUGAUUUUUUCUAGAAUAAUUAAAAGGUUGUAACAUGUAUAAAAAUUUAUUAAAAUAUUUAUUGAAUAAGAAUGCUUACGUACGAAAUUUAUCGACUAGAAGUAUAAUUUUGGGUAUAGAAACCUCCUGUGACGAUACAGGGUGUGCUGUUGUAGAUACAGAUGGGAAUAUUUUAGGAGAAGCUUUAAAAUCUCAACAGCAAUUACAUUUAAAUCAUGGUGGUAUUAUUCCACCUAUCGCACAAAGUUUACAUCGUGAGAAUAUUGAAUCUGUUGUUAACGAUGCUAUAGAAGCUGCUGGCGUUAGUUUUAAGGAUGUUGAUGCUAUAGCAACAACGGUUAAACCUGGUUUACCUCUAAGUUUAUUAAUUGGAAUGAAAUAUGGAAAACAUUUAUGCCGAAAAUAUAACAAACCUUUUAUACCAAUUCAUCAUAUGGAAGCACAUGCAUUAACUGUUCGAUUGUUUGAUAAAAAUAUUCAAUUUCCAUUCUUAGUUUUAUUAAUUAGUGGUGGGCAUUGUUUAAUAUCCAUCGUAAAAAAUGUUGACGAAUUUCUAUUAUUGGGAAAAAGUUUAGAUGAUGCGCCUGGUGAAGCUUUAGACAAGACUGCUCGUCGUUUAAAAAUGCAUCAUAUACCAGAAUAUAAAGGUAUGUCAGGUGGUCAAAGUAUUGAAGAAGCUGCUAAAAAAGCGACGGAUAUAUUACAAUUUGAUUUUCCAUUACCAUUAACCAAAUAUCGUGAUUGUAAUUUUAGUUUCUCCGGCCUUAAAAAUACUGCUCUGCGUUACAUAAAAAAACAAGAGAAAAUACAUGAUUUGGCACCAGAUGUUAUAAUUCCUGAUAUAAACAAUUUAUGUGCUGGUUUUCAACUAGCGAUUACUCGUCAUUUAUGCCAUCGCGUUCAACGAUCAAUGCAGUAUCUCAAUAUGAAACAAUUAAUUCCUAAAGAUAAACAAACAUUGGUAGUUUCCGGUGGUGCAGCUUGUAAUAAUUUUAUAUCAAAAGCAUUACAAAUUGUAUGCAAUGAAAUGGGUUACAAACUGGUUAGACCACCUCCAAAAUUAUGCACCGAUAAUGGUAUAAUGAUUGCGUGGAAUGGUGUAGAACGGUGGAAACAAAAUUGCGGAAUAUUUGAAGAUUUAAGUCAAGUUGAUAUUCAAGGAAAAUGUACUUUAGGAGUGAAUAUGAUAGACGAUGUUGUAGCAUCAAAUAUCCAAUGCAAGUGGAUAAAAUUAACAAGUUUAUAUAAAUAA